GAUUUCUGUUGGGCCAAGGCCCAAGAUGUAGCGCAUGUGCAAAAUGUUUCGCCAUUUCGUUCCGGGAGCGUUUUGUUCCAGAGUGUGUUGAUCGCGUCCUCGUAGGUGGUGCCGAACCGCAAUGGAGAAGCCAUCGUCGUCGUUCUCCCCAGGAACAUCGAGCACGAAGGUGAAAGCUUCGAGCGAUGCAAACACGAGCUUGAGUACGCUGAACGAGGACCUUCUUCAGAACAUUCUAGCAAGGCUUCCUGCACUGCCCUUCGCUUCCGCAGCCUGCGUCAGCAAAACAUGGAACGCUCUCUGCAAUCGCAUCCUCUCUCGCCCCAAACUCUCUUCCGCGCUUUCCCUCAACCCUUCGCUCCCCGAUGCUGUGAACGAGGUUGUUCACAAGGUUCUGUCGGAGCCAAUUCGGCCUUAUUUUGCUAUUGCCAAUGUUGGAACUGGAUUCAGCUCGUCCAAGACUCUGCGACUUAUUAGACAGUCGUUGGGGUCCAAUAUUCCGGUUAUUGUUACCGUGGCGAAUGGUAUUAUGGGAAGGGACGCUGUUACUGAUGAGUUUAAAGAGGUCAAAUGGGGUGCCCUUUUUAGUGGCUUGGGUGAGGAAGCAUACGCGAGAUUUAUAAAUGAAGGCAUAGUUUUGACUGUUGGCUACUUGCCUGGAUUGAAGGUUGAAGCUGUGCCGUUGCGACGACCGCCAAAGGCAUCUCAAGUACCAUGGGUUGACAAUUUUAUAAAGGAUAUUAAGGAAUAUUCAGCUUCUGUCUCCAGUCGCCCAUUCCCUGUUGGGAUUAUAUUGUUUGGAGAAGCAAGCAGUGACAUGAAAUUGGUUCUGGAGAAAUUGGAUUAUGCCAUGCCUAUGGAUACAGUCAUUGUGGGUGAUGAGCGAGGCUCCUUUGACUUUGUACACAAAAGUGGGAAUGAUUCUGGAAUCAUUUGUAGUAAAAAAGGAAACAUAGAAGCUGUUGCUCUCGUAUUUGCUCAGGACAGAGACAGGUCUUUGGGGACUAUUAGGUUUCAUGUUGCAUUGUCAAAUGGUGUUUCGGCUGUGGGUCCCAGAUACAAGGCAGCCUCAGUUAGACCAAACAACACUGAUUGUUCAACAUGGCUAACUGCUAGGAGGGAAGGGCAACUGGAGCUUCUUGAUGGUCAGAGUAUUCUACUUGAUAUCAACAAUUUGCUGGACAAUCAUAUCGAGUCUCCUGAUUUGUACAUUGGUGUAAUUAAACACAGGAAAUUCUCCACUGGAGCAGAGAAGCCAAUGCCAAGAACAUGUAUUGCAUAUCAUGGAGUUGUGGGUUUUCAUGUUUUGGACAGAGGUGAUGAAGAGUAUCUAUAUGUUGAUGGCAUUGGCAUAAAAACUGGAGAUUUCUUUCAGUUCUACUAUUCAGAUCCUAAUACUGCAUUGGCUUCAUUAACCAAGGUCCAUGAUGCCCUCAAGAAUAUUAAACUGGAAAGAAAUUCCAAGGAUUUCAAGGGUGAUGGAGACAGCGCCACCAAUGUUUUUGGGGGUCUUAUUUUUGCUUGUUACGGCCGUGGUGAAUCCUUCUUUGGACGUAAUAAUGUUGAUAGCUCCCCUUUCUUGGAAAAUUUUCCAGGAGUGCCAGUAUCUGGAAUAUUUUGUGGUGGAGAAAUGGUGCGUCCCUGUACCACUGUGAUUGGUCAAUGUCAAGGAGCAAGUCCGAUUAGUUGCUGCCUACAUGUUUACAGCACUGUCUACUUGGCUAUGUCGUAUACUCCUCCCUCUGUGGAAGAUUAGAUGCUGUUCAUAUUUUCUUUUCAAAAUGUAUAUUUCUUAUAUAAGUAGGAUGCCGUUUUACCCUCAGCCGUGGACAUCAAUCUGACUAUUUUUGGCGCAUCAGAUAAUUUAUAGUAUUUAAUGGUUAUAGAAUUUUAUGCUGUGCUGUAUGCAGUUUUUGGUCUAUCUAUCAUAAUUACAUUGUGAAA